AUGAGCCUUAUUUUUAUUGUUAUCUCCCAAAUUGUGUUGACUUCUUCAAGUUGCCCAUACGAUAGCUGAGAAUCUGGGUGUAAUAACCCUAAAUUUAUGGUUGAUUCCAAAGUAUGUGCUCCUGGAUGUCCUACACUUUAUUAUUUCUACCAACAGCAUUUUGAUGUAGGAUAUUUUAACUACUGCAGUAAGCCUACUGGCAGCGAUGCAAUUUUAUUCACAUUAAUAUUAUCAAAGGUCCAAGAUCUAACUUUAACUUAUGUGUCAGACCUAAAUGAUUCUAACAAGAAAUUCGUGAACCCAGGAGGAGUCCCAUAUAUUUCUGGAACACAAAAUUCUCCGCUUCCGACUUUAGAUCGUGGCUUUUAUUUUGCUACCACAUCAAGUAUGACUUCUCCGCUUCCGACUUUAGAUCGUGGCUUUUAUUUUGCUACCACAUCAAGUAUGACUAGCAAUCAGAGCUAUACACCUGGCCUUUAUUUUAUUUUAAAUUUGAUAAUCAAGCCUUUGGGAAGUGGAGACAUUUUAAAUAUACAAAUAAAUUCAACACAAUAUGUGAGGAUAUGAGCAGAUAGCUCUGGCUACUAUAAAAUAAGUGCGUUAAUUUUUAACUCCAAUGGGGCUCAAAUAGCAGUAUCUGGAGCCUCCUCUGCUAAAUAUUCGCUAUCUUGGCACUCACUCUCAGUUUCUCUGUCACAGUUGUCUUGUGAUUUAGGCUCCAUAACCUUUUAUAUAGAUGGGAAUGAGGCUGGAACAACAAGUUUGACUCAUCCCUUUAAGAGUUAGCAAACCGAUAGUAAAGUCCUUAUUUUUUGACAAAGCAAAAUACUUUUUUAAUAUAAAAUCUCGAAUUUUGGUUGUUCGCAAUACUUUUGAUUGGCUUUUAACGUUUUUUCUCUAAUUCCCCCUUCUUAUAGCGAACCAAAAAAUUUGAAAAAAAUCCUAUUUUUGCCCAAAAAACUCUCCGUGAGUGGAAAAAAAUUGUUAAUAAAAAAAUUUUUGAUAUAUAAGUGAUAAUUAGUCUAAAGAAAUCUCUAGCUAAUUAUGGUUAAUAUAUUAAAUUAUUUGUAUUUGAAAACAUAAAUUUUACAAAUUAAUAAAUAUUUCCUUUCCAAUUUUUACGGUUGGUUUUUUUGUUUUUAAUUUUAAAAAAAAUUAACCCCUCAAAACAAAAUUUUUUUGUUCACUUAUGGAGGAGAAGGAGUAAGGAAAUUUCUCGAGGAAAUGUCGCAAAAUCAAAUUGCACAUAUUGAACUUUAUCAUAAAAUUCUUUAAAAAAUUAACCCAACUUAUAAGCAAGCUCUUAUAUGAGGGGGUAAGCAGCUCUGAAAUAAGUUUUCCAAUUGAAACUUAUACAUGAACUUUUGGAAGUACAAGAGGAGACAACUCAUUUAGAGGGUUUAUUUAUUGGAUUCAAGCAAGAGCUGAUAGCAAUAUAAACUAUGGGAUUAUGACUAUCGCUAUUGAUUGUGCUGAUAAUCAAUAUUGAGAUGGAUCUGCUUGUCAAAAUUGUGAAGCUGGCUGUCCAACUUGGCCUUGGUGUAUUAGAGGUGGCUGUAGUUUUUGUAUUUCCUCAGAUUGCAGCUCAUGCUACGGUUAUUCUUUAUCAAUGUGCACAGAUCACAUUUCUAAUUCUCAAAUAUCUAAAAUUUCCCGCAUCGUCUGCUCAACAGGAUGCCAAACUUGUACAGGAGGCGGCUAUCACGAAUGUAAAAGCUGCCAAACUGGCUAUUACUUUCUUCAAAUACAAUGUCUCACUGAAUGCCCAACAGGAUACACCCCUGACUCUUCAACAAAUAAAUGUGUUUUUAGUGGGACUACUGCAUAUAGUUUUCAAUUUCCCAAAAUCAUACUUCUAGACACCAUUUCUGGAGUAGACGUAGGGUCGUCAAAUACCAACUCAUACCCAAAUUAUGACCCUAAUGACCCUUAUCCAGCUUAUAAUCGAGGCUACUAUUUCAACUCUAAUAGCUAUUUAAAAACAAUUUAUAUGCAUUCUCCUUCUAGCUCUAUUGGGGCCUGAAUAAAGACUAUUACUGGAGGUUUCGUUCUCAUCAAAUAUGUAUCGACCACAACCCAGUGAUUUGUUCAAAUUUUGCCUUCAGGGGAGCCAAAAUUUUACUUUCUUCUCUCAAAUUCCUCAACAACUCUCUCAGUUACCGGAGCCUCAAGCGUCUUGGAUUAUUGAUUUUACGUUUCAUUUGAAUGCAUUAUUAACACUGAUGGGACCACAACUGUAAACUCUUAUAUCGAUACAGCCAAUCAGGUCACUUCCUCAACUACGACUCCUCUUUUUCUAUUAGACAGCUUAUCAGGAAAUUUAUAUUUAGGGCACUACAGCUCAGGAUUUACUGGAUUUGCAUGAAAAGUUAAACUUGCCGUUGAUACAGCCAUAUGAACACAGUGAUAUUCAACUACAGGAUGCUCAGGAACUUGUAUUAAGUGCGCAGAAGAUUACGUUUGCCUAGAUGAUUGCUUAAUUAAUCAAUAUUAUGAUGGUUCUACAUGCAAAGACUGUAUGAGUACUUGCACUAAAGGAUGCAAAAAUUCUGAUUCCUGCAGACUAUGCGAAACGAAAGAAUGUGAUACCUGCACAGCAUUUUCAGGGACAGGCUCAUGCUUAACUUGUAUUACAAAUGCUGUCGAUGAUGGUGCUGGGGGCUGUACUUGUGAUACUAAUGCUUUCUGGGUUUCUUCGUCACAGUCUUGUGAAUUUUGUGAUAUAUUCUGCUCGACUUGUUUGAAAACAGCUUUUUUUGAAUGCUCUGCGUGCUCAGGGAGCUACAAUUUGAUUGGGACUGUAUGCUUUGAUGGCUGCCCUUAUGGGUUUGGGACUUCUCCUUGCUCACCAGUGUCUACUCCUGUUAUUGAUAUUUCUUUUGAUGGAAAUUUCCAAGGUGCAUAUGGAAUUUUUACGACAGGGACAGAUCCAGCACUUUUUCAGUUUUUUAACACUCCUGAGACAGCUGAUCCUGUUCCUGCGUAUAAGCGAGGUUUAUUUUUUGAUGGAAAUAUGUAUAGAUAAUUCCUGGGGAUAGCGCGGAAUACGCUAUCCCCAGGACCAACCGGGAUCGGAUUCACACAUGGAACGGGAGUUCCAUGUGUGGAUCCAUUUUUUUACAUGUGAGAUAUUUACUUUCACGUGUGAAAAAUGGAUCCACACAUGGAACCCUCGCUCCAUGUGGGAUCCGAUCCCGUUGGUCCUGGGGAUAGCGUAUUCCGCGCUAUCCCCAGGAAUUUUCUAUACUUGGCACCGUCAUUUACUCCUCAGCUGUCUCAUAGUUUUUCUUUUGGAACUUGAAUUUAUGUCAUAAAUAAUGGUGACUGGCUACAAAAAAUACCUGACCGGCUCAAUUAUGCAUCAACAGGGAGUUUUUCCAUCAGAUUGGAAAAUUCUGCGAGGGGAUUGUUGCCCGUAACCCUGUCCUUAUUCCCCCUUUCUCUUGGAGAUUAGAUUAGUUAAAAGUUAGAAUGGGUCUUCGGGGUUUAUAUCACCCCUCUCCGCUUUCGCUGACUUCAGGUUCCUUGCCCUCAUCACCAGUUUGCACUUAUACCCUUUUUCAAGGUUACCUAAAAAUAGUGACGUCGCCAUCCCUCAGGGAGCAGCACUCAGAUACUUCCUUGGACAACUACUAUAGGUCAGCAAUCUAUUCAGGGAUGGGAGAUAGGGCACGCUCCGACUCCUCCUUCUGGUUCUACUACCAUUCGCAUCAAGAAGUAUGAAGUUUUCGUAUUACUCUGGGUGCGGGGUAAAAAACUCUGUCAUUUUCCCAACCAGGGACAAAAAACCCACCUCAGGCACAAAUUCCAGGCUUCGGCCCUCUUAGACCCAAAAUCCCAAUGAUACGGAAGAAGGACAGGUCCGAUAAGUCUCCAUUUUAUUUAAGAUCUCUCGGAGAAGAUUUUCAAAAUAUUAUUUUAUAAAUUUAAUGUAAAAUCUUAUUUUAAAUUAAAAUAUAGUUGGUAUCUGUAAUAGUUCUAAAUAAAAUUGCGACGCCACAGAUCUGUCUUUUCUAGGAUCUGUUCAGAGAUUUUGGAACCUUGCUAGAGCCUGAAGCCAACCAAAACAGAAAAGGAGUCUAGGGCUUUUAGUAUUUUUAUCUGUUGGUUUUUGCCUUCGGGCUGAUAUGAAGGUCUAGUGUCCACCUGAUGGGCAUUUAAGAAACCCUGGAAAUUACUUCUACAAUGAAAGGGAUAGUUGGCGCCAAUAAUUGCUAGGGAGUCUAUCUCUGGUUGGAACUUCAGUCACUGAAGCAGCAGCCAUCAGCCCCUAAGAAAGCUCCGAGACAGCAUUAAGAGUCAGACUAAGCUAUCUUUGAUAAAAAAUUGUGACAAAAACCAGUGAAGUUCGCCCACAGCUGAAAAGUAUACAAGCUAAUAUAAUUAGCAGGAUAUACGAUUAUAUAACCAUUAUUUAUAUCAAAAUAUUUACCUCAAAACAAUCAUAUUAUCAAGAUUUCCCAAAUUAAGAAUUUUCCAAUUACGGGAAGCUAGCCAGUCCACUCAAUACCUGGAAAUAUUUAUCAGUUACUUCAAUCUAUUAUCUUGGGAGCUCUACUUUAACAAUCUAUAUAAAUGGGUCUCCUGUCUCAUCCCUGCUCAUUUCAAAUAGGCUUUUUAGAGAUACUUCUACAAGUUCUUUAAUAAUUGGGAAGAGCACCACAUCUGGUUUUGUAGGAUUCAUUAGGAGCUUUCAGAUGUGAAAUACCCCAAUCAGUGAUUUUUCAAGCUUUAUCAAUGCAGUGUGCGGUUCAGGAUCUGCUUGCUUAUGGUCCUGUGAUCUAUCCCAUUUCUAUGAUGGGGCAAACUAUAUAUCCUGCAAUUCAUGCAGCUUGGGAUGUGUCAGGGCAAAUACCUGCAAUAUUUGUUAUGAUUUAUUAUGCUCUGUUUGCACAGGAUUUGACUCAGGCAAAUGCACUCAAUGCGUUGCAAAUGCGAGUGGAGCUCCAGGGCUGUGUGCUUGCAAUACUGGAUUUGUGGCUUCUACUGAUGGGUUUUCAUGUGUUCAGUGCUCAACAGGAUGUCAAGUUUGUACAGGACCUGGAUAUUAUCAAUGCACAAGCUGCAAAAAUGGCUAUUACUUUCUAAAUAUUCAAUGUUUAUCUGAAUGCCCAUGAGGAUACACCCAAAAUUCAGUGACGCAUACAUGUGACUUUGUAUCUUUAACUUAUUCAAUGUCAUUUUCUAAUGAGAUACUGCUAGGCACCUUUUCUGGAAAUAGUAUUGGAGCAUCAAGUACAAACUCAUAUCCAAUUUAUGAUGCCAAUGAUCCUUAUCCUUCUUAUUUGAGAGGCUACUAUUUCACUAUCAAGACCCAUAUGCAUACAAGCUUUAUGCUUGCCCCUUCAUUUUCAAUUUCCUUGUGCUUAAAACCUACAUCAGGUGGUAUUGUCAUGCUUAAGUAUAUAUCAGGGUCCAAAUGAAUUAUUCAAAUUUCUGCUUCAGGCCAGCCAAGUCUUUACCUUCGUCUAUCAGACCCAUUAUUAUUUCUUGUCGUUAUAGGAUCUUCAAGUGUACUUAACAACUGAACUUUUAUGUCAUUUGACUGCAUAAUUAAUGCUGAUGGGACAACAACGAUAACCUCUUAUAUUGAUGGGGCAAAUCAGGUUUCUGCUUCAACACCUACUCCGCUUUACUAUGUAGACAGUCAAUCAGGAAUUUUUCAAGUUGGGGAUGCUAGCAAUGUACUUGGACUUAGCUAGAUUAUAGAAAAACUCUUGUCGGAAUCUGAAGAUCCUUAUUCCCUUCCAUACCGCUUCGCCGACAAUGAUCUCACCUUAAAGUCCUUCACUACAAGACACGGGCCUGCGGCCUGGUAUCGGCCACUGUGCGGUACACCAACUGGUUUCCACCAUUGAGAAUUCAAAAGGGUUAAUUUAAUGGUUGACUCUCUGCUAAGAUGGAACUCCAUAUCCCAGGGCGUAACUCGUGAUUUCAUGCUGGCAAAAUAGUCCCAAUUUAGCAAGAUGAAAGUCAUUGGCACUGUAGGUAAACUCCUUUCCACCUUACGGAUCCAUCUCCCUCUAAUGUAAAAACAUGGCGUUGGAGUAAAGCCUUCGGCUGGCCAACCCACUGUUGCGGUUUACCAAACCAAACAAAACCUAGCCGGAUACACAUAUCGAAUGCCAGACUCUCUCCCUUAGGGUCGAUGCUGACUACAGAAGUUAAGCGGGUGGGUUGAUUCGCCAUGCCAUUGUAAUGUAUAUGAUGCUAGCGCGGCAUUUACAGGAUUUUUAUGAAAUAUAAAAGUUUAUAGUCAAAAUGGUCAUGCUUUAGACGAUUAUCAGACAGUUGGAUGCUCAGGUAGCUGCACAAAGUGCCCAGCUGAUUUAAGCUGUCCAGAUAACUGCCCUUUAUCUCAGUACUAUGAUGGCUCUGGCUGCACAGAUUGUAUAGCAAGCUGCAAUAAAGGGUGCAGAAACUCUGAAACUUGUAGACUCUGCAAGACCAAAGAAUGCGCCACCUGCACAGAGUUUUCUGGGACGAAUUCAUGCUUGACUUGCAUUACAAAUGCAGUUGCUGAUGGGACUGGAGGCUGCACUUGUGAUACUAAUGCUUUUUGGGUAGCUUCAUCUCAAACAUGUGAAAUCUGUGAUGCCUUAUGCUCUACUUGUAUAAGUGCAACUUAUUUUGAAUGCUCUACUUGCUUAAUUUAGCUAUCAAUAAAGUACCCAUUUUUAAUAAUAUUUUUAUCUUUCUGAACAAGUUUACUUUAUUUUUUAUGCUAAAAAUAUUCCUACUUAUUAGCCGUUUUCUAUUUCUCUAUAUUAGAUAUAAUACUUUAAAUGAUGAUUUCCUAACUGACAGAAUUGGCUGAAGAUUUAUUUAAAUGGAUCUUUAAUUAUAUUUUGCUCAUUAAGGAGUUAAUUUUAUAUUGUUCAUUUUCUGAUAGAGAAGUUAGGAAGCUACCAAUUAGUUGGUACUGUUUGCCUUAAUGGCUGCCCUUAUGGGUAUAGCAAUCCUUGCUCAUCAGUAUCAACCCCUGUAAUAAAUCAGUCUUUUGAUAUAGAUUUCUAUGGUUCGUAUGGAGUUUUUACAGCAGGAGCAAGCUCAACAUCUUUUCAAUUUUUUAAUAACCCAGAAUCAAUUGACCCGAUUUCAGCAUAAUAUAAUAUGGUGACCUAAGCCUAUUCGAUACUUUAACACAAUUUUAUCAAUCUCAUAGCCAAGGAGAACUACCAAGACUGAUUAGGAUUGAUGUUUACGUGAUUAGCUAUGAAUUAGUUUCUGUGGUUAGAAAUGGAGCUUGCAAUGCCCUUCGGGACCCGAGGCCAUCUUCUCUCUUAGAAACCAAGGGUAAUCAGUCUGGCUAUAGGGAUUAGGUCUUAUUUCUGCAGCUGCAGAGGGAUUGCACUCAGUACCAUUAGACUCCAGGUUUCCUCUAGCUAGAUUAAGAAAUUACCCACCAGUCUCCAUAUAGGCAGCAGAAGUUCAUAGUCUGCUCGCUCAAUAUUGGAUUACACAAGGCAAGAAUGAAGUGAUAGCAGUAAGUGACACUUUGGCUACCCAUGGCAUCAGGAAUCGAAGAAGGAGUGAGAUAGUAUUCGAGUUAACUUGCUGCAAAGUAGGUGAAUCUCCUAGAAUGUCCCUCGUCAGCAAUAUGACCUAUCAGUUUGAAUGCAAAAUUAAGAUUUAAUCCGAUUCCUGCAUAUAAACGAGGCUUAUAUUUUGAUGGGACGAUGUACUUACUAUCAAAUACAAAUAUUCUGCUUUCACAUAGUACAAUUAAAAAAUGGAAGGCAUAAGUUAGGGGUUCAGUCCCCUAUACUUUUUCCUAGUGAGGGAAGUUCUUACUUUCUGAAGGAAAUCAGAGUUGGGACUGCUUCGGCAGCUCCAAUUACUCUUGAAUCAUAUUCAAGAACCGAAGAGAGACUCGUCUGGGCCAUAGGCAACAGAAACGGUUUGACGGUUAGGCCGAUUCCACCUACCGUUGUUCAGAGCUGUUUGCUAGUGGAUGGAAUUCAUGAAGGAGGAGCUUGUAUUGUUAGAUCCUAAGCUAAGUGGGGGUCGACAAAGUGUUAUCGUAAUCUUAAUCUUAAUCAUUCACAUAGUUUCUCUAUUGGAGCUUGGAUUUAUGUAAUAACUAAUGGAGACUGGCUGGAAAAGCAAAAUCAAUAUCUUGUUCUCUACUCUACAGGAGAUAUAAGAGCCAAAAUGGAAAAUCCUACCCAAACAACAUCUGUUCAAACUUUAUCAUCAGGUACGACACUUAAUAAUUGAAACUAUUUAUCAUUCACCUUUGAAUAUACAUCUGACUUAACAAAUAUUAGGAUUUAUUUAAACGGCGCUUCAAUUUUAAGCUCACCUAUUUCAAAUUAUAUAUUUAGAGACCUAUCUACAACAAGUUUAAUGAUAGGCAAGAGCAGCUCUUCUGGCUUUGUGGGGUUUAUUAAUUCUUUUCGGCUAUGAAAUACACCUAUUAGUGAUUUUUCAAGCUCUAUUAAUAGCGCUUGUGGCACAGGACAAGGAUAUACUUGUUUAUGGUCUUGUGACUUGUCUCAUUAUUAUGGUGGGGCUUCUUAUACAGCCUGCAAUUCCUGCAGUAAAGGAUGUGUCAGGGCAUCUACAUGCAAUAUCUGUGAUGAUUUAUUAUGCUCUGUCUGCAGUGGCUUUGGGUCAAGUAAAUGCACUCAAUGUGUUACUAAUGCUAGUGGAGCUCCAGGCCAAUGUAUCUGUAAUGCUGGAUACAAGACUUCUUCUGAUGGAUUUUCAUGUGAGGCAUGCUAUAUUGGCUGUUCUCAAUGUACAAGCUUAGCUUCUUAUGAUUGUUUAGCAUGUUUUUCAGGAUAUAAUUUCUAUGCAGCCACUGGUGAAUGCUUAAGUGCAUGCCCAUCAGAGUAUUUUGCAAGUCCUGGGACAAAUAUUUGUGUAAAAUGUGAUAAUUCUUGCAAAUCAUGUACAUCUGCUAGCUAUUUGGACUGUUUGACAUGUGCUGAUGAUUACUAUAUGGUUUCAGGAAUUUGUGUAAGUAACUGCCCAUCAGGGUAUUCCAGAACGGUAAGUGGAUGUAUUUUGGUUCAAGAAAAAAUUUUUGAUUUAGAUUUGAAUACUCUCAAUGGAGUCAUUUAUGAUAGUGCAAGCGAAAUACCUGUUAUUACUGGAUCAACUAAUUCUUCGCUCACAAUUAAACAAGCAUAAAGAAUGCUAUAUUAUUUUAGAAAAAAAAUAAAUGUUAAAGCUUAUGAAUAUAUCAUUAUGAUUAAUUUGACUGUUUAAAUUGAUUAAAUUAUAUAUUUAAAGUUGUUGAAAAUAGAAAUCUUAAAUUGAAAAAUAACUCUUGACUUUCUUCCUCCGAUGAUAAUUUGUAAGAUUGAUUAUUGAGCUCCUGUUUGAUCGUUGAAAGAGAGUAGCCAAUUUUAUCCAGACUAUGAAGAUGAUGAUCCUAUCCCUGCAUAUUUGAGAGGCUUCUGGUUUAAUGGUCAGUCCUCAGUUUUAAGGCUACCUGACUAUUUAAAUUAUACAUCUCCAAAACUCGUAAUGGGCAAAAACUUUACUAUUUCUAUAUGGCUAAACAUUAAAGCGUCAUUUUCUUCUCUAUUAUCAAAACAUAAUGUUUCUGAUAAUUAUUCAGCUCUUUACUCUAUCACUUUAACUAGUGACAAGCCAACGAUUUCUCUUUUAAUAAACUCGUCUCCAUUCUUUUAUAUGUGCCAAGCAUCGCUUAAUCAUUAUGAAUGGAGCCAUGUUGUAUUUACAUUAGAAACUGCUCAAAAUGGCUACAAUAAGUUAUCCUGCUAUAUAAAUGGGGCUUCUGACUCAUCAGUAAUGACAGGAUAUGGAAGCUUUCUUGAUGUUAGUUUUUUUACUACAAUGACUAUAGGAGCUCAAAUAAGUUCAUCAUCAGUUUAUAAUUUUUAUCAAGGCUUUAUUUAUACAAUUCAGAUAUUUAAUACAGUAAAAUCAAUAUCAGCUCUAGCGACAACAUCUUGCACCGAACCGUGCAAUGUCUGCCCAAUAAGCCAAAAAUGCAUUCCUAACUGCAAAAUAAAUCUAUAUUGAAGUGGGCCUGCCUAUAAUAAAUGCUAUAAUUGUAAUAUUAAAUGCAAGAAAUCCUGUAGAGACUGGCGAUCAACAUGCUCUCUUUGUAGUAAUUUAUUAUGCGACAUCUGCACUGAUUAUUCUGAUUCUGGGUGCUCAGCUUGUAAAGAGUAUGCAAUAAACCCUGACUCAUGCAUUUGUGAUCUCAAUUAUGUUCUGGACACUUCUAGCAACAGCACUUGCAUUCUUCUUGAGGCUGGUGGGUUUAGAGGCUCUGAUGGCAAAUUUUAUUCAUGCCCGAAAUACUGCACUUAUUGUCAGUCUCUUACAGAAUGCACUGCCUGUGUGGAAAAUGCGAAUCUAAUUAAUAGCUUAUGCUAUUGUAGUUUAGGCUAUAACGGAACUGCAAAUUGCAUAUUAGUUCCUUUUUCAGCAAAACUCUCAGUCUUAUCAGAUAAUUCUCUCUAUCUCAUUUUUUCAGACAGUCUUGCUAAGAAUCUUACUAUAGAUGAUUUUACUAUAAAAAUUAAAAAACUAGGAAAAAUAUCAUAUAAAUUUGAGCAGGUAAACAGUGCAUGCUAUUACAUUACUUUAAAAAUUUCAGAAGAAAUAUCAAAAGGCACAUUAGCUAUGCUUAAGUUUACAAAUUUGACUGAAGUGAGAUCAGUAUCAAAUGGUGUCUUAAAUUCUUCAGAAAUUUCGGUGUUCUUAAAUUCUUAUGACCCUGCGCCAAAUUCUCCAGCUAUUGCAGCAGUAUCAUCUCAAGCUGCUGUUGUUGCUCAAACAGGCAUUGCUGUAGCUGCUGUUUUAUCUGUUAUAAAUUCUAAUCCAAGUUCUUUAUGGAGUAUGAUGAACAGUUUACAGAUUCUCAGCUACUUGACUUUGUCUGGGAUUCCUUUAUCCAGCAAAAUGAUAUAGGGCUUUCUUCUAGUGGCGUAGUUCUUAUGCCUGCCAGGCUUGAGUUUUUGGUGCAAAGAGUUGCCCAAGGUUAGCUUCAAGGCGAGAGACUCAGUACUAUUUCCACUGAUUAGUGGCCUAGCUCCUGCAGCAGUUUUUUUGCUUGGUUUGCCACCAGCACACGAGAUCAGUCUGGGUGUCUGAUAGAAACAGGGCGAAUUACCUGCUUGUGGUUUCGCCUGAAUGGUGUAAGUUGUUGAAAUUUUUAUUUGGGAUGGUCAAGGGAAAGGGAUAGGCAAAGAUAGAUGAAAUUCAAAUGCCAAAGCCUCUCCAGCCAAAAGGGUUCCAAAUGAAACGAUCGGGCCUGAUCUAAGCAAGGUUGAAUAAUACUGUCUCUAAAUGGAGGUUCCGUCUAGCUCAAAUUGUGGAGGGAAAUGCCUAUACCGAUAAAGAGAGGGCUUCGGCUUGGAAGCUCACCUCAUAACUAGCGCUAUAGAGCGCAUGGUGCUCAGGUAAUGGAUAUAUAAUAGUCCAGAAUAAUCCAAAUUAAUCCAGCAAAAUGAGCGCUUUUUUGAAUAGCUUGAACUCCUUUAACUUAUUUCCAAAUGCUUUUACAUAUAUUAUAGAUGAAGAUGAAGGAAAAACUCCUUAUUCUAAAGCAAAAGAUUUUGGGUUUGACACUGAUCUGAUAUUAAUUACUGCAGGUAAUGAUUUUACACUGAUUUUGGUUUCUCUAUUAGUUUUCCCAAUUGUGCUUUUCUUUUCUCGAUGCUCAUUCAGAUGAAUUGGUAAGAAAUUUAUGAAAAGCGUCAAGGCUUAUCAUUUUGCCUUUUAUAUAAGAUUUUGAAUACAAUGCUAUCUAGAACUGGGAGCAGCUUCAAGUAUUGGACUUAUUACUUUUGGAUUUAAUAAUAACACUCAAGUAGCGAAUUUUAUUAUGUGUUCAGCUAUUUAUAGUUUCCAUGCUAUUACUCCACCAGUAUAUUUCUGGUUUUCUUAUAAAAAUAAAAAUAGGAUCCAAUCACAAGAAAAGACCUUUACUAACUCCUAUCCUUCGUGAGUGGACAAAUCAUUGAAAAAUCUAUUAUUUUUUUGGAUAAAAAUCCCCCAGCGAACGAAAAAAAAUUUUAAUAUAUGAAAACAAUAUUUUUAAGUGAUAAUUAUUAUAUGAAAUCACUAGCAAUUUCUGCUUAAUUUAUGCAAUUUGCGUUUAAAAAUAUAAUUUUACAAGUUAAAUUAACUUUUGUGAAUUUUUUUUUGUAAAUUGAAGAAAAGAAGUUUACUAUAAAAUUUAUAUUUAAAAAAAAAAUUAGCAAUAAAUUUUUUUCUGCUCAAAAAGGGGGGAAUAAGCUAUUUAGCUCGUUUUUUUAUGAAUUUCGAACUGAUCGUGGGCCACUUGCAACACAGUAUUAUUUUGUAUUCUUUGCAAGGAGACUCAUCUAUAUCAUAAAUUUAGUUUUUUUAAGAGACUAUCCACAAACAGAAGUGACCAUUAAUAUCAUUCUUUCAGUGAUAACUAUUCUACAUUUAAUUUUCUUUUGGCCAUUUAAGGACUCUAUUUUACAAAUAAGCAAUUUAUUAACGGAAGGAGGCAUUUUUAUAAUUAUGAGUGCAACUACAGUUUAUUUAUUUAAUAUGGAUCCCAAAAUUAUGUCAAUUAUUGAGGAUGGAAUUGUAGCAAUUGUGAUCGCAGCUAUGGGGAUUCAAAUUUUAGCUUCAAUAGCCAUUUUUGCAAGGACAUUAUAUGAAAUCAUCAAAUAUAAACUAACAGAAGCAGGAAUUAUAAAAAAUCAACAACAAAUUUUAGAGGAAAAUUAUAAAAGAAAAAAGUUAAUAUAA